GGGGGGUUUCCGGGGCUCGGGUCCCCGCAGGCACCCUCAGGAAGGGACGAGGAAGCGAGUGGGCGGCGAGAGGCGGGGCGAGCGGGGGAGGGGGCGCGGGCGCGGCCGGCGCUGGCCCGGCCCCAAGUUCAUGAGGCGUGCGCCCGCGGCGGAGUGCCGCUCGGAGCCGGGCUUCCCCCCGCGCGGCGGGCGCCGGGAGCCGCCUUUUCCGCUGGGUGUCACUCGGGGGUGGGGAGGAUGGCCCAUUCAAAAGCGCCGCGAGGGGGCCCGGCCAGUGCCCUUCGCUGAGCGCUCGCAGGAGGACGGCCGAGGCCCGGCGGCUCGCAGCGAGGGGACCCGGUGGCGCCUCGGGACGCGGCUGCUCCUCUGCCCGGACCCCGAGCCGCCGUCGCUGUGCCUCCUGCGCGUCGGCCUCCUCUGCGCGCUCCGGGCGGCCGGCCGCCGCGGGACCCGCCGGGGCGAGGACGGAGCGCGGCUGCUGCCGCUGCCCCCGGCCCGGGCGCCGGGGAGCCGAGAGGCCGAGCCGAGCGGCGCCCCCUCCUAUGCCGGGAAGAUGCUGGAGAGCAGCGGCUGCAAGGCGCUGAAAGAGGGGGUGCUGGAGAAGCGCAGCGACGGGCUGUUGCAGCUCUGGAAGAAAAAGUGCUGCAUCCUCACCGAGGAGGGGCUCCUGCUCAUCCCGCCCAAGCAGCUGCAGCACCAGCACCAGCUCCAGCUCCAGCCGCCGCCGCCGCCGCAGCCCGGGCAGGGGCCCGCCGAGCCGUCCCAGCCCGGGGCGCCCACCGCCGCCAUCCUCGAGCCGCCGGCCAAGCUCAAGGAAUUGCACUUUUCCAACAUGAAGACCGUGGACUGCGUGGAGCGCAAGGGCAAGUACAUGUACUUCACGGUGGUGAUGGCCGAAGGCAAGGAGAUCGACUUUCGGUGCCCGCAGGACCAAGGCUGGAACGCCGAGAUCACGCUGCAGAUGGUGCAGUACAAGAACCGCCAGGCCAUCCUGGCGGUCAAGUCCACGCGGCAGAAGCAGCAGCACCUGGUCCAGCAGCAGCCUCCGCAGCCGCAGCCGCAGCCGCAGCCGCAGCCGCAGCCGCAGCCCCUGCCCCUGCCCCAGCCCCAGCCCCAGCUCCAGCUCCAACCCCAACCCCAGCCCCAGCCCCUAUCCCAGCCCCAGCCACAUUCCCAAUCCCAGCCGCAGCUUCAACCCAAGCCUCAGCCCCAACCCAAGCCGCAGCCCCAACAGCUCCACGCGUAUCCACAUCCGCACUCGCAUCCGCACCAACACCCGCAUCAGCUCCCGCACCCGCACCAACAACCGCUCUCGCAGCCGCACGGCCACCGGCUCCUCCGCAGCACCUCCAACUCCGCCUGAAGGGGGCAGCACCCGGGCGAGGCGAGGUUCUGAGGACUCGACGAAGUGAGAGCGCCUUUCUAUUGUCCUCAUGUGGGUGGAAAACAAGUCUCCCUGCGCUGCACCGGAUCAAGUAGUUUGGACAUCAGCCGACCGAUAACUUACACAAUUCCUCUGAGUUUUCUGCAUACUCUUCCUCAUCACAAUGCAGGAAAUGAUUGCAAGGCUAGAAGGCUUUAUUUAUGAACCUUUGAAAGGACCUCUCCCAGUAGGGUGGACCUUCUAGGAGCGAAGAUGUACUGUAAUUUUAUUUUAAUGUAUUUUGAUUUAUGAUUAUUUAUUAGUUUUUUUUAAAAAAAUAUUUGUUCUAAGACAUUUCUGAAUGUAGGCCGUUUUUCCAAAAAAGGAACUUUAUUUUAAAAAACCUCUUUUCUAGUAAGUUCUAAUCUUGGAAAGGAAAAAAGGGAGGUGUAGGGGAAAACCUUGAGACUUCAUUCAUUCAUUAUUCCUAGGUCAUUUUCGGAACCCCGACACACUCAUUGUUAUGCCAGGUGGUUGAAAUUAAACUCUGUGAUAUAUAACUUUUUUUUGAGGUUAUUUUUUUCCCCUUUAGAAGCUGUGUUGUGUAGAAUAGAAGUUUAAAGAAGCUAAAUGUUCAGAGUGGUGUAAUUGUGAAAAUCUGUUUUUCUAAAAGGAAAUUAGUAAUGAUCUCUAAUUCAAAAUAUUUAAAACAUAACCCACCUGAUGGCAGGAUGAUUUUGAAUGUGUGGUAGAAAAUGAAUCUGCUGUAGAAAAAAACCUUGCUUAUGCCAUCUGUGAAGGGCGUAAUAAGGAGAUAUUUAUGGUUUCUGAGUAUAAAUGCACUAGGUGUUUCAUUUCAAAAAACAUAAUGAGGACAAAUCGGCUUGUCUGAGAACAUUUUUGUGUUCUGUCCACACUAGAGAUAACCUUUCACCAAGGGCCUUGCACAUUUUACUGGAACCACAUUUCCUUACUUUAUUCUAGAAGCAUAUCCUAGAAUCUUAAAGAGUUUAAAAAUACAGUUUGUAACUAUUUCAAAGGUCUGAGAGUCAUAAAUUUUUGUUUUCUCACUGAAAAUGUUAAUCAGAGAAACCAAUUGUUUUGCUUUUUAUUGCUCUGUGAGAAAUUGGAGGGUUAUAGGUUUUGUUGUUAGGUUAACUAAACUUAGAAAUUGAAAGGAAAGGACUGGAUAAACACAGGAUUUUCAGUAGGAAAACAACCCCAGUCUUGUUUUAGCAGCCACUUGUUCCUGAGGGGUUGGGGGGGGGGGGGGUGUCCUUUUAAAGGUGGAACAAACGCUCUUCUGUGCUAAAUCAAAAGGAUAGUCAAAAUCCACAGGGGCAGAUGCUGCUUCAAUUUAAAACGAGCCAUAGAUGAUACAACAUCCUCCUGGGGCUGAAAAUCACUUCCUAUCUGCAUGGCCUUACUAACGGGCCUCUGUUUUCCAGUAUCUUUUGCAAAGUCUUGAUCAGUAUUUUUCCAGCAUCCGAAUUAGACGGUCGAUAUUAAGCCCAUGCUAAGUUAUGUAGUCAAGAAAUGAAAACAGAAUUUUAUGCUAGAGAUGCCUUUAUUCUCCUUCCCUCUGGAAAGGAGUUUCAUGGUUAAAUUACUUUUUAGUGCAAUAUUUAAAGAAUGGAAUUUGGAGGCCAUAAAACUCUAAUCCAAAAAGUUGCAGGGGUAAUCUGAAAUUUGAGCAAAUGGCAAAUAGAAUUUAAGGGGACUCCCAUUUCCAGAGGCUGUUUAAGUUGUGGCUGAGAACAUAUGCUGCAAAGAUUUUUAAAAAAUUUUAUAUAUAUAUUCAUAUGAUGGCAGCUAAGAGAGUCAAAUCUAAAGAGUUCUUAAGCCAAGUUUGAUUCAGCUUCUUUGGAACCCCUGCUGUACUUUUAAGAUAAUGCCUCAUUGUACCAGUGUUUUAAUAUGUAGAUCAUAUAACCAUGAAACCAGUUUUUUUUUCCAGAUAGAAUGAUUUUUCUUCAAAUUACUGUGCUAUAAAAAAAAGAUAAUAUUUAUUCCAAGUAGUUUAAAAUUAAGAUUUAUUAAGUUUAUAUAUAGGCUAAGUUCUGAAUGGUGGAAUUUUUCCACCACCAUGUCUAUGGUUCUUACUUGUCCUGUCUUUCCACAGCCCUUAGUCCUUUGCCUGCUGUGAUAUUUAUGUUGAGUUGACCCUCUUAGUGGCUCUCUAGUUAGAAGGUCUCUUAAUAUUUAACUGUGAAGACAAAAAUGAGAAAGGAGAGGAGUGGGAUGGUUUUUGUGUUUUGACACUUUGAAAUUAUUAUGGUUGAAUAACUUUCCAGAACAAAGAAACAGCUAUGCUUGACAAAGCGCAACAAAACAAAAUACAAAUGCAAACAUUUUGCGUCCCAGUGGUUCUACCUGUAAAAGAGAGUUUAUUAAACAGGCCUAACCAAUCUCCUUCAUGGAAAAAAAUAAAAGUACUUCUUUCAACCCAAGAAAAAGAAGGAAAGGGCAGGUCCAACAGAAAACUCACCCCUUAAAUAAACAUAAAAUGUGAAAAGUUGGAAAAUUUAAAGGAUUUCCCAUCUGGAAACUGAACUUCUGUGUUUGAACUUCUUGGCCCUCCGCCUUGUACACAGCUCAAUAACUAUUUAUUGAGAAUAAUGAAUGAAAGGAGGAAAAAAUGUGUAACUCUCUGGCACCCAGAAGGUGGUUUCUCCUUCUCUUGCCUCACACUGAGCUUCCUUUACGCUCAUUUCAUUCCCUGAGAAAAGCUAAUCCUGGACCAGCUACACAACGUGACGAGGCUCCUUUGGCAUACUCUCUUAGUGGAAAUCAGAUCUGCUUAUGCCCUACAGGGAAUGCUGAGGUCAGAGGAAAGGCCUAUAAAGGGCUCUUUCAAAAUGAACAGUUCCCUCAGAGGAAGCUGGAAUUUCCUCAUAUGGAAAUUGAACCAACUUUUAUUUCACUGAACAUUUUUUCAAAAGGAGGUAGAAAAACUCAACUCACUGCUCAAAAGAAUUCCCCUCAGAUGUAAACACUGUUAGGAAGUCUGGCUUAAGUUAAAAGGUUUUUUUUUUUUGGUGUGUGGGUGCUUUAAAGAAAACAAAAAACAAAAAAAAACUGCCCUCAUAUACCCUUUUCUCUUAAAGAUUCCUCAUUUUAAAUCUGAUACAAGUUUUUGCUAUCGUGGAAGUUCAAACGCAUCACUUCUUUUCAGUGCCCAGGGAAAGUGACUUGGUUUUAGCCUGUCUCCAAGUGUUUACAAUAUCAUGUUCAAUGGCAGGGUUAGAAGAGGGUCUAAGACUUAUGUGAAAACUAGAUCAAUCCCAUAGAACACAGAGCUUUGUAGGAUGAGGAUGGGCUUGUGAACAUUCAUUCUUCUUUUUGUUUUUGUUUUUUUGUAAAUGUCAAACUUCCUUUUGCUUUACCAGUAAAAUGCCUUCAGCCAGCUAAAAUUUAAAUUUGGAAGCUUCAGAACUUGAUAUUGAAUACAUCAGUGAUUCCUUCAAAAGGAAUAUACCAAUUUACCCAAAACCACCUGAGAUGUAUUAAUUAUUCAAUUGUGUUGGGUGGGCUUUUAGUAACUACUUCCUACAGUUUGGACACAACUUGAAGGGUGACUUUUUGAUCUGUAUGUUGUACAGCCAAUCUAGAGUUACAUAACAUUAGAUGACAACGUGAUCUGCAAUGUCGUUGGCAGGACAUCUGCUAAAUGGAGUGUAGGAUCCAGCAGGGUUUCCUUAGGGCAUUAUUGUCCAGUGAAGGAAGCAGGAGGACUUUGGGGCAUUCAUAAAAGCUGGAGAGGCCAAUUCCCUAUCCCUCAGAAGCUGGCCUACUGGUGACCAGUGGGAUUGUGAGGAAUUGGAUUGUAUAAUAGGUAAUCCUUCCUAUUAUUAAUUUUGAGAAGGAAGAUAAAAUGAUUGUCUGUUACAUUCCACUGUCGGCUUUCUGCUUAGUUUCAGAAUAUGCAAGUAUCGGCUUCUGAAAAACAAGUAUCACAAUGUACCAAAUGUUUUACUAUCACAUUCCUGAACUUAAGUAUGCUCAUAAUUUGUGUAAAUAUGUCUCUUAAAUGAUUUGGAGAGAUGUGGUUUAUUUUUCAUAUUUUAAAAAUGCAUUCCAUUUUAAAUAAAGUAUCAAAUGAGA